AUGACCAAGAAGAGGAGGAACAACGGGCGCGCCAAGAAGGGCUGCGGCCACGUGCAGCCCAGCCAUUGCACCAACUGCGCCCGCUGCGUGCCGAAGGACAAGGCCAUCAAGAAGUUUGUAAUCCGCAGCAUCGUGGAAGCUGCGGCCGUCAGGGACAUCUCCGAGGCCAGCGUCUUCGACUCCUAUGUGCUGCCCGGACUCUAUGUGAAACUACAUGACCGUGUGAGCUGCAUGAUCCACAGCAAGGUACUGAGGAAUCGCUCCCGUGAGCCUCGGAAGGAUUGGACGCCCCCGCCCCGAUUCAGACCUGCAGGUGCUGCCCCCAGACUCCCUCCAAAGCCCAUGUAA